AUGAAGGAUCAUUAUGGUAUUGUGAUUGAUUCUGGAUCUUCAGGCUCAAGGAUUCAGAUUUAUAAAUGGCAAGAUUCUGAAGAACUUGCAUCAAACAAAUCAACAGAUCCAUUAAAAUUGAAAUCAGUUCCUCAAAUUUAUCAAGAAGAAUCAUGGACUUAUAAAACAACUCCAGGUGUCUCUACAUUUGGUGAUAAACCAGGAAAAGUGUGGGAUGAUCACUAUGAACCGUUGAUUGAAUAUGCUGAAAAGAUCAUACCGCGUGAGAAUUGGGAAGAUACACCAAUCUUUGUUUUAGCUACUGCUGGUAUGAGAUUGUUACCAGAAAAGAAGAGAACUAAAUUAUUGAACAAGAUCUGCGAAGAAAUUGGCAAAGAAAGUAAAUUCAAGCUGGAUAGUUGUCAAGAUCAAGUCCAAAUCAUCGAUGGUGAAACAGAAGGUAUUUAUGGUUGGAUUGGUUUGAAUUAUCUUAUGGGUCAAUUAGACAAUUACGAAUCAAAUACUCAAGGUCAUUCAUCUUAUGGGUUUAUGGAUAUGGGAGGUGCCUCAACACAAAUAUCAUUUGUUCCUAACAAGAAAUCUGAAAUUGAAAAACAUAGAGACGAUAUCUCCACUGUGUUCCUAAGAAAUGUUAAUGGUGAAGUUCAACAAUGGGAUGUUUUCGUUAGUACUUGGUUAGGAUUUGGUGCCAAUGAAGCAAGAAAAAGAUAUCUAAAUCAAUUGAUUAAUUUACUACUUGAAAGAAACAACGCCUAUACCGAGGAUGAUCACAAUACAUUAACAUUAUCUGAUCCUUGUUUACCAAAACAUGCAAAGUAUGACUAUUUAUAUCAAGGGUUCAGAUAUGAUGUUGUUGGUUCUGGGAAUUAUGAACAAUGUUUGAAGACUACAUAUCCAUUAUUAUUGAAGAAUUUGCCAUGUACAGAUGAGCCAUGCCUAUUCAAUGGUGUUCAUGCUCCAGAAAUUGAUUUUUACAAGGAUAAAUUUGUGGGUGUCUCUGAAUAUUGGUACACAGCUAAUGAUGUCUUUCACACUGGUGGUGAAUACAGUUUUUUAAAAUUCAGUGAAAAGGUCAAACUCUUCUGUGAAAGUGAUUGGGCUGAUAUCGAAAAAAACAGUAAGAAUGGUGAUUAUCAUAAUUUACCAGAUUCUUUGUUGAUUGAUGCAUGCUUUAAAGCAAAUUGGGUAUUGAAUGUCUUACACGAAGGUUUCAAUUUACCAAGAAUUGAUAUCGAAGCCAAGAUGCCAGAUCAUGUUGUUGAAGACUUUGACAAUCAUAUUCCUUUCCAAAGUGCAGGCACUAUUAAAGGUUCGGAAUUAUCUUGGACAUUGGGAAAGAUGAUUCUAUAUGCAUCAAGUCAAAUA